UUUGAAUUUGCAUCUCUUCAAGACACAAGAUUCAAACAAAAUUCACGAUAAAUUGGAUUUUAAAUUACCUUCCUUUCAUUUAUCCUUCAUCUUUCUUAUGUGGAUAUGCAAGCGAGAAGAGGAGCUUGGACAUUCCCAACAUGCUCACUCCCUUAAUCCGAUCGUCUAGAGGUUUGGCUUCUACAAACCAAGGGAGUCGACGAGUUGAAGAUGAAGCCCAGAGCAGAGUGCUGUUCACCCAAGUUUUGGUUGGUGUUGGCUGUCCUGGCCGUGUCAGGCAGCAGAGCUCGUUCUCAGAAGAGCCCCCCCAGCAUUGGCAUCGCUGUCAUCCUCGUGGGCACUUCAGACGAGGUGGCCAUCAAGGAUGCCCACGAGAAAGAUGACUUCCAUCAUCUCUCUGUGGUGCCCCGUGUGGAGCUAGUAGCCAUGAAUGAGACCGAUCCAAAGAGCAUCAUCACCCGUAUCUGUGACCUCAUGUCGGACCGAAAGAUCCAGGGGGUGGUGUUUGCUGACGACACUGACCAGGAAGCCAUCGCCCAGAUCCUUGACUUCAUUUCAGCCCAGACUCUCACCCCCAUCCUGGGCAUCCACGGGGGAUCCUCUAUGAUCAUGGCAGACAAGGAUGAAUCCUCCAUGUUCUUCCAGUUUGGUCCAUCUAUUGAACAGCAAGCUUCCGUGAUGCUCAACAUCAUGGAGGAGUAUGACUGGUACAUCUUUUCUAUCGUCACCACCUACUUCCCUGGCUACCAGGACUUUGUGAACAAGAUUCGCAGCACCAUUGAGAACAGCUUCGUGGGCUGGGAGCUAGAGGAAGUCCUCUUGCUGGACAUGUCCCUGGAUGAUGGAGAUUCGAAAAUUCAGAACCAGCUCAAGAAACUUCAAAGUCCCAUCAUUCUUCUUUAUUGUACUAAGGAAGAGGCCACCUACAUCUUUGCAGUGGCUAACUCAGUAGGGCUGACUGGCUGUGGCUACACGUGGAUUGUGCCUAGUCUGGUGGCAGGGGAUACAGACACAGUGCCCUUGGAGUUCCCCACCGGGCUCAUCUCUGUGUCCUAUGAUGAAUGGGACUAUGGCCUCCCUGCCAGAGUGAGGGAUGGAAUUGCCAUAAUCACCACCGCUGCUUCUGACAUGCUGUCUGAGCACAGCUUCAUCCCGGAGCCCAAGAGCAGUUGUUACAACACCCAUGAGAAGAGGAUCUACCAGUCCAAUAUGCUGAAUAGGUAUCUGAUCAAUGUCACUUUUGAGGGGAGAAAUCUGUCCUUCAGUGAAGAUGGCUACCAGAUGCACCCGAAACUGGUGAUAAUCCUUCUGAACAAGGAGAGGAAGUGGGAGAGGGUGGGGAAGUGGAAAGACAAGUCCCUGCAGAUGAAGUACUACUUGUGGCCCCGAAUGUGUCCUGAGACGGAAGAGCAGGAGGAUGACCAUCUGAGCAUCGUAACGCUGGAGGAGGCUCCAUUUGUUAUUGUGGAGAGUGUGGACCCUCUGAGUGGAACCUGCAUGAGGAACACAGUCCCCUGCCAAAAACGCAUCGUCUCCCAGAAUAAAACAGAUGAGGAGCCAGGUUACAUCAAAAAAUGCUGCAAGGGCUUCUGUAUUGACAUCCUUAAGAAAAUUUCCAAAUCUGUGAAGUUCACCUAUGACCUUUACCUGGUCACCAAUGGCAAGCAUGGGAAGAAAAUCAAUGGAACCUGGAAUGGUAUGAUUGGAGAGGUGGUCAUGAAGAGGGCCUACAUGGCAGUGGGGUCACUCACCAUCAACGAGGAGCGAUCCGAGGUGGUCGACUUCUCUGUGCCCUUCAUAGAGACCGGCAUCAGUGUCAUGGUGUCACGCAGCAAUGGGACUGUCUCACCGUCUGCCUUCUUAGAGCCCUUCAGCGCUGACGUCUGGGUUAUGAUGUUUGUGAUGCUGCUCAUUGUCUCAGCUGUGGCUGUCUUUGUCUUUGAGUACUUCAGCCCUGUGGGUUAUAACAGGUGCCUCGCUGAUGGUAGAGAGCCAGGGGGCCCAUCUUUUACCAUCGGCAAAGCUAUUUGGUUACUGUGGGGCCUGGUGUUUAACAACUCCGUCCCGGUGCAGAACCCAAAGGGGACCACUUCCAAGAUCAUGGUGUCAGUAUGGGCCUUCUUCGCUGUCAUCUUCCUGGCCAGCUACACUGCCAACUUAGCUGCCUUCAUGAUCCAAGAGGAGUAUGUGGACCAGGUUUCUGGCCUGAGUGACAAAAAGUUCCAGAGACCUAAUGACUUCUCACCCCCUUUUCGCUUCGGGACGGUGCCCAAUGGUAGCACAGAGAGGAAUAUUCGCAAUAACUACGCAGAAAUGCAUGCCUACAUGGGAAAGUUCAACCAGAGGGAUGUGGAUGAUGCGUUGCUCUCCCUGAAAACAGGGAAACUGGAUGCCUUCAUCUAUGAUGCAGCAGUGCUCAACUACAUGGCAGGCAGAGACGAAGGCUGCAAGCUGGUGACCAUUGGCAGCGGGAAGGUCUUUGCUUCCACUGGGUAUGGCAUUGCCAUCCAAAAAGAUUCUGGGUGGAAACGCCAGGUGGACCUUGCUAUCCUGCAACUCUUUGGAGAUGGGGAGAUGGAGGAGCUGGAAGCUCUCUGGCUCACUGGCAUUUGCCACAAUGAGAAGAACGAGGUCAUGAGCAGCCAGUUGGACAUUGAUAACAUGGCAGGAGUCUUCUACAUGUUGGGAGCAGCCAUGGCUCUCAGCCUUAUCACCUUCAUCUGUGAACACCUUUUCUAUUGGCAGUUCCGGCACUGCUUUAUGGGUGUCUGUUCCGGCAAGCCUGGCAUGGUCUUCUCCAUCAGCAGAGGUAUCUACAGCUGCAUCCAUGGAGUGGCUAUCGAGGAGCGUCAAUCCGUGAUGAAUUCCCCCACCGCGACCAUGAAUAACACCCACUCCAACAUCCUGCGCCUGCUUCGCACGGCCAAGAACAUGGCCAACCUGUCCGGGGUGAACGGCUCCCCGCAGAGCGCCCUGGACUUCAUCCGCCGCGAGUCCUCUGUCUACGACAUCUCCGAGCACCGCCGCAGCUUCACACAUUCCGACUGCAAGUCCUACAACAACCCGCCCUGCGAGGAGAACCUCUUCAGCGACUACAUCAGCGAGGUGGAGAGGACUUUCGGCAACCUGCAGCUGAAGGACAGCAACGUGUACCAAGACCACUAUCACCACCACCACCGGCCCCACAGCAUCGGCAGCACCAGCUCCAUCGACGGGCUCUACGACUGUGACAACCCGCCCUUCACCGCCCAGCCGCGCUCCAUCAGCAAGAAGCCCCUGGACAUCGGCCUCCCCUCCUCCAAGCACAGCCAGCUCAGCGACCUGUACGGCAAGUUCUCCUUCAAGGGUGACCGCUACGGUGGCCACGACGACCUGAUCCGCUCCGACGUGUCCGACAUCUCCACCCACACCGUCACCUACGGCAACAUCGAGGGCAACGCGGCCAAGAGGCGCAAGCAGCAGUACAAGGACAGCCUGAAGAAGCGGCCGGCCUCGGCCAAGUCCCGCCGGGAGUUCGACGAGAUCGAGCUGGCCUACCGCCGCCGGCCGCCCCGCUCCCCGGACCACAAGCGCUACUUCAGGGACAAGGAAGGGCUACGGGACUUCUACCUGGACCAGUUCCGCACCAAGGAGAACUCGCCCCACUGGGAGCACGUGGACCUGACCGACAUCUACAAGGAGCGGAGCGACUCGGUCAGCGGAGGCGGGCCCUGUACCAACAGGUCUCACCUCAAACACGGGGCCGGGGACAAACACGGCGUGGUCGGCGGGGUCCCGGCGCCUUGGGAGAAGAACCUGACCAACGUGGAAUGGGAGGACCGCUCCGGGGGCAACUUCUGCCGCAGCUGCCCCUCGAAGCUGCACAACUACUCCUCGUCGGUGGGAGGGCAGAACUCGGGGCGGCAGGCGUGCAUCCGCUGCGAGGCUUGCAAGAAAGCGGGCAACCUGUAUGACAUCAGCGAGGACAACUCCCUGCAGGAGCUGGACCAGCCGGCGGCCCCGGUGGCCGUGACGUCCAACGCCUCCACCACCAAGUACCCCCAGAGCCCCACCAACUCCAAGGCCCAGAAGAAGAACCGGAACAAGCUCCGCCGGCAGCACUCCUACGACACCUUCGUGGAUCUUCAGAAGGAAGAAGCCGCCUUGGCCCCGCGCAGUGUGAGCCUGAAAGACAAGGGCCGGUUCGUGGAUGGGAGUCCCUACGCCCACAUGUUUGAGAUGCCAGCUGGAGAGAGCACCUUUGCCAACAACAAGUCCUCAGUGCCCACUGCCGGACACCACCACAACAACCCCGGCGGCGGCUACAUGCUCAGCAAGUCGCUCUACCCUGACCGGGUCACGCAAAACCCUUUCAUCCCCACUUUUGGGGACGACCAGUGCUUGCUCCAUGGCAGCAAAUCCUAUUUCUUCAGGCAGCCCUCGGUGCCAGGGGCGCCAAAAGCCAGGCCGGACUUCCGCGCCCUUGUCACCACCAAGCCAGUGGUCUCGGCCCUUCAUGGGGCUGUGCCAGGCCGUUUCCAGAAAGACAUCUGUAUAGGGAACCAGUCCAACCCCUGUGUGCCUAACAACAAAAACCCCAGGGCUUUCAAUGGCUCCAGCAAUGGUCAUGUUUAUGAGAAACUUUCUAGUAUUGAGUCUGAUGUCUGAGUGAGGGAAGAGAGAGGUUAAGGUGGGUAUGGGAGGGUUGGGCUGUGGGCCUGCGAUGGUGGGCAUGUCACGGAGGGUGACGGGGGUGAACUUGGUUCCCAUUUGCUCCUUUCUUGUUGUUUUAAUUUAUUUAUGGGAUCCUGGAGUUCUGAUUUUUCGGAGGGCAACCCUGGUGACCAGCACCAUCUCACCUCCCUUUCCAGUUCGCUCCUCCUUUCCCCAUCUGUCAGUCAUUCCCGUUCCCAAGAGAGGAUGCAGUGGGUUCGCUCAGCAAGGGAGGCCAAAGUGAAGAAAGGAAGUGGCUGCUUGUGAGCUUCCUCCUAGUAUGGAAGGACUCUGUCACCCACUUCGAGUGAAGCAAGGAGAAGCAAAAGGAGGCCACGGGAGCACAGGAUAGCUCUUCCCAAACUGAUCUUUAUGUUUAGAUGAGGCAGCAAAAGCAUUCAAAUAAGACCAUUUAGCAUAUUUGCCUGUGAAUGAAGAGAGGCUUUUGCUAAAUUCUUGUGGUUUUGAUGGCAUCUGUUUAGGGAUCAUGUGCCAAGCAGAGGCGGGGAGGCCAUGUGUGUUGGUAUAUAAGCCAAAAUGUUUGCUUCAAUUCCAUGAGACUCAUCAGUGGUGAACAAAGGUCAUUGGUAGAUGAUGGAAAGUACAUCAUAGCAAUCUUUCAUGGUGCCUUAGAGGCAAGAGAGGGUGGACUGACUGUGUGUGCAUGUGUGUGCAAAUACACUUGCACAUAUGUGAUCUGUACACACACAGAGUCUGGGGCCUAUAAAUGUAGAGAAGGCAACCAAGCCUCAUGUUUCUUUCAAUAUUCCUCAGCAGUGUGCUUGUUUUGGCUUAUAUACAAACAGAGAUGGUCAUAUGUUACCUGAAUGUUGGCUGUCUCAUCCCUUCACCCUUCCUGAAUGAAGAGAAUGGAAGUUCUUGUCAGAGAAGAUUCUGUGGUCUAGACAAAAAGGUGGUAAACAAUCCUACAAGAGCAAGGUACAAAAGUGAUUUCUCCAGCUGCCAAUACUUUCAACUGGUUUUGGCCAAGAACUUUCCAGGAAGGCUAAAGGGAAGUAGAAGUAGCCAUGAUCCUCUAGAGAGCAAAAGAUUCUAUAAAGCUCUCUUGAGCUUUAGACCCUCAGCUGGUCAGGGUUUGGGGAGGAGCUAAUUAAGGCUUUGGAAAAUAGGGGAGUAGUUUGUGGUAGGGUAAGUGAGAGAGGGGGAUGUUUUCAAUGCUUUGAUCCCUUCUUACUUAACCUGGAGCUAGGAGAGCAGGCUUGUUCCCUCAGAAUCGAUCACAACUGGUAGGUAAUAGGUAAGAGGCAUGAGCUUGCUCAUGAGUAUAGCUCAGGAGGCAUGGAGGGAAGGGAAGAGAUUUGGAAGUGGGGAGGAGAGGGGUACACCCCUACUAGCCAUUGGGUCUGGCUCCCUGAGAAUGUGACAUUGAGCCCAAUGUGAACACUCUCGGUAGAAGCCCUUCCACCUUCCUGCAACACCUCCUUUCUCUCCCAGAGUAUACCAUU